AUGGGAAUUGCCAAGGCAGAUAUUCUGAAUCCUGAGUCAGACAAUGCGGCAGUCAAGCUUGCGCUUGCAGACACAGGCGUUAUCCAAGAGACGAAGUCAUACCUUGAGUCCCAGGAGGUCAUCUUGUCGACAUUUUCUUCCCAAGCGCGGUCUGAUACUACAAUACUAGUCAUCCCCUAUGGCACCACUGCGGAACAGAUACGUGAGAUGUUCGAGUUACACGGGGAACUCAGCCGUGUCAUCGUACCACCGGCAGGUACCAUGAUGGUGGUGGAAUUCGAACAGGCAGAUGAAGCCGCCAAGGCUUUUCGAGCUGUAGCUUACCGACGUCUCGGAAGUAGUGUCGUCUACUUGGAGAAGGGUCCGAUGGGCAUGUUCCAGGAGACUGCGGAUGCAGCAGGGAACUCUGACCGUACGCUGAUAACUGCAUUCAAGUCGAUCACUAUCGCCAAGCAGGAAGCUGGCAGCGGUGCUGAUGCGGACGAGCUUUCUUUGUCUGCUGGGACGACUUUAUUCGUCAAGAAUCUGGCUUUCAGUACCACUGCAGAGCGUCUGGUGCGAGUCUUCCGGGGUUUUUCUGGUUUCUCGUUCGCGAGAGUACGGACUGAGCCUGAUCCCAAACGACCUACUGUUCCUAGUGCUGAAGCCCCCAGGCUGAGUAUGGGGUACGGGCCGUACACUGCCUUCAUUGUGCUACAGUACUUCCUGCACUAGGAACUCGGAGCUAGUGUUCGUGCGGCAAACCCUUAUGCUCGUGUCGAGCAACUCGAGUCUAGUUCAAGUUUUGUACUCCAGCAGCCGCUAAUCACUAGUCACUCU